AUAAAUAUCAAUAAAUAAUUUGUCUUCCCUGCAUUAUAAAACAAAAUAAAAAUUUAAACGCAAGACAAUUUCAUUUCAAAAUGAAUCGUCUUGCGGUACUCUUGUUCUCUGUAUUACAAUUUAAUUUUGUUAAAUCGAAUCAGCUUCAUGAGUUAAUGACCGACGAUGAAAUUCAAUCGAUUUUUCAAACCGAUCGCGAUAGUGUUCCCGAGUAUGAAACAGUACCGAUAUUACAUUCAAUGAAUAAAAAAAAUAUAAAAUAUCCCGAAGUAUUUUUCCAUGCGUUUGGUGAUGACAUAUCGUUAUAUUUGUGGCCUGCUGAGGGAUUAUUAUUCGGAAAACAUACACCUGUUUAUACAGUACAAAGUGAUAAAUGGUCGCCACAAGGCGUACGUUACACAGAGUACGAUGAAUAUGGAAUUUAUUAUGCUUAUCGAGAUGAAAAUAAUAAUGCAGCGAUAAUUGUACGCGAUGGAAUGUAUAAAAAAUAUAAAUUUGACGGAACUUUUAACAAAAAUUAUGUAAUUCGAUCACUCUCAUCUCGAAUUAUAGAAAACAUAAUAACAAAAAAUGCUUCAUACUACAAUCAAAAAUUAUUUCCAAAGCCUCAUAAGGGAGGUUCAUUUUUUCUAACAAAUCACCACGUGAUAUUUCAAAUGAACGAGACGAAUGUCAAGUUAAAAAAUCCCCGAAAUAUCAUAUUCCCAGAUAAUCCACCAGCGAGUAACAAAUAUAUGGACAUCAAUAAUAAAACUGAUAGAAAAAAUAAUACCAAAGACGUAAUAUAUCCCGAAAUUCUUUUGAUUCUGGACUACGACACAUUCAAAUCAUUUGGAUCAGAUAUAUCUGAAACUCUAGUAUAUCUGGCGGCAUUUUGGCACGGAGUUGAUUUGCGUUACAGACAACUAUCAGAUCCUCAAAUAAAUAUAAAUCUCGCGGCAAUAAUAAUUGCAUUGGAUAAAGACGCAACACCGUACUUGGAUAAAUUCCGUGUUGAUGAUAAUGCAAUAAAUGUCAAAGCUAUGAAAAGUAUGGGACAGUAUUUAUACAAUGAAACGAGAUUUAGAAAAAGUAGUUACGAUAUCGCGGUCUUGAUGACUAAACUACAAGUAUGUGAGUGGCCACUACUGCCAAGUGAUAAUUCAAAAUGCGUCCCACUGAGAGGUAUAAGUAAUUUUGGAUCUGCGUGUGUAUGGAAUAAAGGAACCAAAGCUUUAGAAGCAGUAGCACUCGUACACGAUGAAGGAUUCAAUGGAAUAGCAACUGCUGCCCAUGAAUUAGCUCACAUACUAGGAGUGCCACAUGAUGGGUCAGCAUCAGCCCACUACAUCGGAGGUCCAGGUGCAACUAAAUGCAAAUGGGAAGAUGGGUAUUUAAUGAGUAGCGAUCGGUUUGAUAGAAAAGCCUUCCGAUGGUCUGAUUGUACUAUAGAAUGUUUUAAAUUUUACUUACAGCUACCGAUGGCACGCUGCCUUUAUAAUAAACCGACAAUAAAUAGGGAACUACCAGCAAUUUUACCCGGGACUUUGAUGUCAUUAGACGAACAAUGUUAUCAUGCAGGAGCUCUUGAUGCUUGUUAUCAUGAUGAGCGCGCGUGUGUUUUGCUUUAUUGCACGAGAAAAAAUGCAACCGAUCAAUGUGUCGCAACAGCACCAGCUGCUGAAGGAUCAACAUGUGGAAAUGAAAAGAUAUGUAUCCAAGGACGGUGCAUCAACAAAAGACAAUGGCGAACUUUUAGUAGAAAUUUAAUGGAUUAAAAAAAAAAUAAAAAUAAAAAUGUUUUAAGGAAAUAAAUGAUUAGUGAUAUAAAUAAAAGUAUUUUAUA